CGAGAGGUGGACAACAAUAAACUAUUAAAAGAGGAAAGACAACAAAAAGCUGAAUACCUUAGAAAAAUAGAAGAGAUGAAGAGAGAGAUGAAAAAUCAGAGAUCACAGCAUGAAAAACAGCGAAAAGAAAGAGAAGAAGAAGAUAGAAAGAGAGAAGAGAAAUACAGACAAGAUCAAGAAAAGAUGAAACAUGAACAUGAGCGUAUUGUUGCAGAAUUACAGAUGAGACAAGAAGAAGAAAUAAAAAGGAGAGGUUUGGAUGAGAAAAGGAGGAAUGAAGAGGAAGAGGAAGAGAGACGUAGAUGGAAAAUAAAAAUAAAAGAGGCUGAAAAUGACAGAAGAGCGAUUCAAGAGGAAAUAAAACGACAGCAGAGAGAAUGGGAGGAUGAAAAGAAACAACAGAUGAGAGAACGAGAGGAAGAAGAAAGAAAGAGAAAAGAGAGACAUGAGGAACAACUGAGAGAAAAACAAGAAGAACUGGAGAAAAUGAAAAAGAGAUUUGAAAGAGAGAGAGAAGAUGAAAGAGAGAUGAUAGAGGAGCAAAGACAAAAACAGAGAAGAGAAAGACAAGAAAAAGAGAGACAUGAGGAACAACUGAGAGAAAAACAAGAAGAACUGGAGAAAAUGAAAAAGAGAUUUGAAAGAGAGAGAGAAGAUGAAAGAGAGAUGAUAGAGGAGCAGAGACAAAAACAGAGAAGAGAAAGACAAGAAAAAGAGAGACAUGAGGAACAACUGAGAGAAAAACAAGAAGAACUGGAGAAAAUGAAAAAGAGAUUUGAAAGAGAGAGAGAAGAUGAAAGACAAAAGGUAGAAAAGGAUAAACAGAAAGAGAAAAGUGAAAGAGAAGAAAAAGAGAGAGAAUAUGAAAACAAAAAAAUUGAAAUGAAAAGACAUUAUGAACAACUGGAACGAGAGAGAAAAGAGGAGUGGGAAAGAAGAAAACAAGAUGAAGAGCGACAAGAAGAAGAGAGAAAGAGAUGGAAGAAUAUGAUUGAAGAUCUGAAACGAGAACAUAAAAAUGAGGUGAAGAGAAGAGAAAGAGAGGAGAAGGAGAGAAAAGAAAGAGAAGAGGAACAGCUAGAUGAAAUCAAACAAAAACAUGAAGAGGAAAGAAAAGAGAUGGAAAAGAAAUGUCAAUAUGAAGCCAGAAAACAAGCAGAAGAAUUUAAAGAGUCAACAGAAAGAAAACUGCAGCACGUUCUGGAGCUCACCGAGAUGAUUAAAGAGCAUCAAAAACAGCAGGAGUUACUAGACAAACUCUAUAAACACCUGAAAGAACAAAAGAAGAAAUAAAA